AUGACAACCUCAUAUCUAGAUACAGAGAAUGAUAAUGAUAUUGAUGAUAAUGAAGAAGAAGAAGAAGAAGAAUUGGCUAAUCUUCCAUCCACAGUGAAAUUUUUCCCUAAUUUAUCAGAUUUACUAGAUGAUGAGGAAUAUCAAGAUGAUGAUGAUGAUGAUGGCACUAACAAUAACAACACGGUGAUUAAUGAAUGGGCACUUCGAAAAUUUGGUACCCUUCAAAUGAAAUUAGAAAAAAUGCAACAUUCUAGAGAUACAUUCCAAUCAUUUGGAUCACGAGAUAAUCUAACCAAUUUUUCUCGAAAUAUAUUAUAUAAUUUAGCUAAUGAAGUAUUUGGAUUUGAUGGAUGGUCAACGACAAUUUUGGAUUGUAAUUUAACCAAACGGGAAAAUAAAGAUGAAAACAAGUAUUCUGCCCUUUGUGUAGUGAAAAUACGAUUAAUAUUGAAAGAUGGUACUUUUAGAGAACAACUGGGACAAGCAGAAUCUACAAAUAUGCCUUAUAAACAUAUGUGUUAUGCUAGUGCUCGAAAGAAAGCAGUUACUGAUGCUAUAAAAAAUGCCAUUGUGGGGUUACGUGAUCUUUAUCUUGAAUAUGAACAAGAACAAUUGAUGAAACAAUUUGCUCCUGAAUAUGAUAUAUAA